UCUUGAAGAAACGCGACGGAGUGAAGGCAGAGCAGCGCGCGCGCGAGACCGCCAGCUGUGCUUGAUUAUUGAUCUGAGUGAGGGUUUCAUUCCUCCAGCCGCCACUGCAGCACAAACUCUACACAACUCUACACAAACUCAUCACAUUCCUCAGCCGGGUUCUCCGGAGUGAAGAGAACAGGAGCUGCUGGGAAAUGAUGGACUCGUGCUGCGGUUAAAGGCGAAGGAUGAUGGCGGAACAGAUGGAUCAGAGCGAUGAUGUGGGCCUCGUGAUCCUGCCAGAGACCAGUGACCCUCAAAAAGAGGAUGAGCCACACUGUCCCCAGCAUUUCAGACAAGGCAUCAUGCUGCAGCUUAUAGAUGACCUCUCAUACGAAGAUGUCAAGAAAUGCUAUCGGGGAUCUACUGUCAGCAAGUACAACUCCCAGUACCACAAACUUUUCCAGAACAUUCCCAAAGAGGAGAUCCUCAUGAAAGUGUACUCCUGUGCUCUCCUAAGGGAUAUCUUGCUGCAAGGACGACUCUAUAUCUCCCGCAACUGGCUCUGUUUCUACGCGAACCUGUUUGGCAAGGACAUCAAGGUGGCUAUCCCUGUAGUUUCAGUUCGUCUGGUGAAGAAGCACAAAACAGCUGGCCUGGUCCCUAAUGGUAUCGCCAUCACCACAGACACCAAUCAGAAGUAUGUUUUUGUUUCACUCCUGUCUCGGGACAGUGUGUAUGAUGUCCUCAGGAGAAUCUGCACCCAUCUGCAGGUCAAUGGUAAGAAGAGUCUGAGUCUAAAGCAGUAUCUAGAAGAGCCUGGCUCACUGUCUACUGAUGAGUUCCCAGUGGCCAGCACUUACCCUGCAGUGUUGAAAUGGCGCAGGAAGCCUUCAGUUCCAUCCGUCUCCUCCUCUCUACCCGAUCUGUUGGGAAAUUCCACCAGUAGUGCUGGAAAACCUCCGUUUGCUUGCGAAACUCAACUGCAGGAGAGACGUCUCGAGGCUGAGAAUAUUCUGCUGACUGAGCCUGUACCAGAACUAGGUCACAUGGAAUAUCAGCUUCUCAAGUUCUUCAUCCUGCUUAUUAUAUUGCUGAUUAUGUCAUCCUGUUACCUGGCCUUCCGUGUGUGCAGUCUGGAACAGCAGCUCUCCUUCCUCAACACACAGCCAACAUUAACUAUGAGAGAGAGGUAACAAAGGUUGAAAAAUGGCCUUGCUCUAGUCCAGUGUAGCCAUUAGCAGAUAGAAAAGAAUCACUUAGUGGAGUCUUGGACAGAAUCUUUACUGAUCCACUACUGACCAACAGCAGAGGAGGAAAAUAUAAAUGACGCUUGUCAGCUGUUUAUUUUGUCUGAACUGAACUUAUACAACACAUAAGGUAGGUCUUCGGUACUUUGCUGACGGUGCUUGUUAUCUGUUAUAUUUUCCACUACGCCAUCAAACACCAGCAAGACGAGAGACCGAGGACAAACGGACACACUGUCAGUUCCUUCAACAUUCUUCAAAUGUCAAUCAUUUCAUGAGACAUGCCAGUGAAAGGUGGGCAUAGUGCCAGUGAGGUUUGUGUGCAUAAGCGAGAAGUUACAUGAAGGUCUUUGUUUUGGAAAAUACAUAGUGAGGAAAUGCAUUUCACAUAAGAUGAAGCAUUUCACCGACAGAAACGUGGAUUUGUCUUCAUGCUCCAAGUGACCAGAAGAUUGGAACGACUUAAAUGGAUGAAGCUUCAGUGUGUAGUCAGAGAUGUGUGUGUUCUGUUAUUGGAUAAAGAAUGUUUUGUGUAAUUCAGACUGUUUCGUGAAAGCCAAUUCAAAAUUAUAGAGCAGUAACGCCACUGAACGGAUAUGAAGCAUGUCAUUGUAUGAUUAUAUGCCUGUUAACUUUGCUUUUGAUUUACUACGUUUUGUUGUAGGAAGAAGUUGCGUGUAGUGAUGUAUUUGAAAUUUCAGAAGACAUAGCAGUGCUUAGUUUAUUGUCAAUGAAAAGCACAGUUUCAAUGAGAAUAGCUGCAAGUAGCUUUCUAGUACAGAUUUACUAUAUUUAUUUGUGAUAUUUUGUACAACUUAGGUUUUUUUUGUUUUUUUCUUGAGAAGGAUAUAUGCUCAUACUGUACAGUAUAGAUUUUUUUAAACUAUCAGACCUGGCAGUUAGACAUCAUUGACCAAUAAAUGGGUUUAACCUG